AUAAUAUUUCUUUAACUUGUCCUUAAAGAGUUUUUCAUGUAGCAAACUGACAUUGGUUCUAGGACAAAAAGUUAUCAGAAAAAACAUUUAUUUCCAUCUUUUUAUGUUGUCUUUGACAGCUUCGUAGUGAAAAGGCGAGGAAAAGUGCAUCAUGCAACAAGAACCCACAUCGCACCGGCCAAAAGGGUUAUAAUAGAAAGCGACUAGAUUGGAUAAAGGAUGGACGACUUCCACCAGAUGCAGCUUUACCUAUCUCGAGUAGCUCCUCGGUGAACUCAUCAGUGACCUCAAAUGUUAAUAGAGUUAGAAAAUACAGAUCAAAGGAGUGGAUUUUGGCCCAUCAAGUACAAAAUAAAGAGGGAAAGUGGGAAAUUGACCCGAACGAUACAGAAGUUGUUGAAAUCGCAACAAAAGCUUUAGAGUACAUCGCAGAAGAGGAAAAAGGAAAUCUUUCUUUCGAACAGGGUGAGGAUGCCCUCACUAAAGCUAUAGGGAAAAAAGAUCAUCGUGGGCGUGUCAAGGGAACAGGUGGCAUGGUUGGUAUCAAAAAGGCUUUCGGUCCGUGUAUUCGACAUAGUAGAAGUGACCAUGGUGAAGCUUCAUCAGAAAAUUACGAAUCAAUCAGAGCUUCUGUGAAAAAUGAGUUUGAAGGUGAAUUAGAGAAAAGGGUAGAGAAAAGGGUGGCAGAGGCCCUCCAAAAGCAACUAAGCACCUUGUUAAAAACAGGACAACUAAACUCCAUUUCUACCCCGAUACCUGAUGACCUCCACUUAAAUGAUUCUGCCAGAGUUGACCUUGAUGUUAGUGCUACAAGAACCACUCGUCACAUCUUAGUGCCGCAACCACGCGAGCUAAAGGAAAGGACUCCAUGUCGUCUUGCCCUUGAGGAGAAAGUUUCAGGCAACAACAUUGUCGUGGCGGAUGGUAUGGUACAACCCUCAGAUGGUGCAUUGCCCCAACAUUUUACAUCGAUGAAGCCUGGUCACUAUAAAGUCCAAGUUGAUUUUGUUUACGACGGACAUGUUGAUGAUAUUCUUCCGGUACCUACGGGAGAUGGUUUCACUAACUUAGGCGGUGCUCUGGGUAGUUUUGUGCAAUGGCCCAUACACUUAGUGAUUUUCGAAGACGGCGAGGAUUGUACUUCACCUCCUAAAAAGAAGUCCAAGUCUAAUGUUUCUAAAGAGAGGGAUGGUAGCUCCAAGAAAAAGACAACGGUGUUAGCGGCCCAAAAGAAGACAACAGACUUACCAUCCAAGGUAAACCCUCUAAAACUCAUUCGAACCUAA